AUAUAUAUCCGUCGCGAAAGUUAACACGCCGAUAGAUCUCAUAUCUUCUUCUUCAUUUUCAAUCGCCUUUUCAAACCCUACCCAUGGCCGUUUCUAGCUGCCCUACCGCUUUCCCACCAUUCGAGUGUCGUUCUGAUCCAGAUUUCUCUGGCCUUCCUCGUUCCACCAAAGCUCAUUUCUCUUCCAAACCCGGCGUCGCUUCCUUUACCGGAUCUUCCGCUAAUCGCCAUGGUCUUUCAUCUCUCAUCUUCAGAUGUCCUCCCAACAUUGUCAGACAACUCAGCAUCAAAGCUCGUAGAAAUUGCAGCAACAUCGGUGUCGCACAAGUGGUCGCUGCUUCUUGGUCUACAUCCAACAAUCAGGCGGGAUCCGCCGCCGCUUCAUCUCAUCUCAAAUCAGUCGAUGCAGCUGCUUCUACUGCUCCUGCUGCUGUAUUGACCGGCGACGAUGACGAGGUGAUUGCUGUUGAUAAUAACAGUUUUACCACUAACCCUACUGAUGUACAGGUUCAGGAUCUGACUGUAAGAGAAGCUUAUUCGUUUUUGACCUCCGAUGGGAGCGUCGCUAUUCAUGCUGGUGAAAGACUAGGUCGCGGCAUUGUUACUGAUGCAAUAACCACUCCUGUAGUCAAUACAUCUGCCUACUUUUUCAAGAAAACUUCUGACCUCAUUGAUUUCAAGGAGAAGCGCAGUAAAAGUUUUGAAUAUGGGCGUUAUGGAAACCCAACAACUGUGGUUGUAGAAGAGAAAUUGAGUGCACUUGAAGGAGCUGAAUCAACUCUGAUAAUGGCAUCAGGAAUGUGUGCCAGCACUGUUAUGUUGAUGGCACUGGUUCCGGCUGGUGGGCAUAUGGUGACUACCACCGAUUGCUAUAGGAAAACCCGUAUAUUUAUUGAAACCUUUCUUCCAAAAAUGGGGAUUAAGGCAACUGUCAUCGACCCAUCGGAUUAUGAAGCUCUUGAACAAACACUUGCUAACAAUGAUGUUUCUCUUUUCUUCACGGAGUCUCCUACCAAUCCAUUCCUGAGGUGUGUUGACAUUGAGUUGGUUUCAAAACUUUGCCAUGAUAAAGGAACACUUGUCUGCAUUGAUGGAACCUUCGCAACACCACUCAACCAGAAGGCUCUUGCGUUCGGGGCUGAUCUUGUUUUACACUCUGCAACUAAAUACAUUGCCGGACACAAUGAUGUCAUUGCUGGUUACAUUAGUGGCUCUGAAAAGUUGGUUUCCCAAGUCAGGACUUUGCAUCAUGUUCUUGGUGGCACUCUAAACCCCAAUGCCGCAUAUCUGAUCAUCCGAGGCAUGAAGACGCUGCAUCUUCGUGUACAGCAACAAAAUUCCACGGCAUCCAGGAUGGCCGAGAUUUUAGAGGCUCAUCCCAAGGUGAAACAUGUCUAUUACCCAGGCUUGAAAAGCCACCCAGAACACGAUGUUGCUAAGAAACAAAUGUCUGGUUUUGGAGGUGUGGUCAGUUUUGAGGUAGAUGGAGAUUUAUUGACUACUGCCAAGUUUGUCGAUGCAUUAAGAAUCCCAUACAUUGCUCCAUCCUUUGGUGGUUGUGAGAGCAUAGUGGAUCAGCCUGCAAUUAUGUCUUACUGGGAUCUCAGCCAAUCGGAGAGGGGCAAAUAUGGGAUUUUGGACAACUUGGUUCGAUUCAGUUUUGGAGUUGAAGACUUUGAGGACUUGAAAACCGACAUCCUUCAGGCUUUGGAGAAAAUAUAGUGCGUUCUGUUCUGUAUUGGUUUCAAUUUGUUUCUUAGAAGGAGACUUUGUUGUUCCUUUUUUUUCUCUCUAUUUCGGUCUGUCUUGUCAGUGUUAUGUCUUCUUCUUCUUCUUCUUCCAAAUAAUGAAUGUUUUUGCUUGUGGGUAGAUGUUGAAUCAAUUCUUGUGUGAAAUUCAACAUGAUGUUAUUUAUUAAUGAAAAUUUGCAUUUUGAUGAA